AUGAAGGGUCCCAGCGGAUCUAUUGGUGCUGGUGGUCUCUUGAGAGAUAAUAAUGGGAACUGGAUUUCUGGGUUCACUGCCAACCUUGGGAAGGGCAAAAUUAUAGCUGCAGAACUUUGGGGCCUUUUUUUUGGAUUACGCUUGGCUUGGAUGAGAGGUUUUAGAUCUGUUGAGGUGGAGGUGGAUUCUGCUACUGUUGUGACUCUUGUUAAUCAGCAGGAUAAUUCUCUCCAUCCUCUCCACACCCUGAUCCGUGGCUGCCAAGCUUACUUGAAGAUGGACUGGCAUUGCAAGCUCUCCCAUAUCUAUAGGGAGAAGAACUUCUCUGCAGACUACUUGGCAAGCAUUGGAUUGACUUAUGACCUGGGUUAUUUUGAAUCGCAAAGUCCUCCUCCUGGUUGUAUUCCUUUUCUGUUUGAAGACUCUCUUGGGUAUGCUCGACCCAGAGAGGUAAUUAGAUAG